UCGAAAACGACAGCCCACGCAAAAGGGCAUAAGACACUCGAAAAACCUAAGCCACACAAACAAAGUUCAGUGUCUCGGCCGCCGUUUAUCCUCCAAGUUGGCAAAAAGCGAACGGGUUCUGCAAGCACAGGAAAGUGAAAAGGAUUUCAAGGAGUGGAGAUUGGCAAGCCGUUCCAAAGGCAUAACCCUCAAUCAUAAACAAGCGACAGAAAUGAGGCAUCUCUGGCUGCUGCUCCUUAUCGCCUGUGGAUCUGUCCAGUUUCCAGGUGUGCUGACCUUGCCAGAGGCACUCCCAGCCAAAUCUUCGUCAGCCAGUGGAGGCGGAAAUGGAGGAGGAGCUGGGCGAGGAGUCACUGCCUCAUCAGCAGGAGACACCGGCGCCGACUACAGCGAAUAUGAAGAGGAGGAGCAGAAGGGGGCUCCGGGAAAUCUGGCUAAGUCCACGGCUGGUCCCAAAAUCCCCUAUCCCUACUUCGAGCAGACUGACGUGAAUCUCUAUGUCCCGAAUAACACGACCAGUGUGAAGCUGGAAUGCCCAGUAAAGAAUUACAACGCACAACAUCACGUGGUGCUCUGGUUCAAGGGAACAGUGCCCGUCUCCAACGACCAGAACAUAUUCAACCCGAUCUACGGCCUGGACAGCCAGUUCGCCCUGACCGUGCCGCUGGCGCCCAAUGCCACGGAGGAGCGGUACGAGUGCAAGGUGAUGCCAAAUGCGCGCCGCCAGGUGACCAUUCGGUUUGGACCGGAGCCAAGCACCCCGGCUCCGUCUCCGUCUCCAGUUUCGGUCUCGGCGGUGACCUCAGCCCCGGCCAAGGAUUCGGCGUCCCACGGACGGGACAUUAGCCUCUGGCUGCUCGGCCUCUUCUUGGCCACUCUCCAACUGGCCGUGUCCUUCCGUUUCUGAAGCGGGCCAAGUUCAAGACCCCUCUUAAAUCUGCACCACCGGCAUUACGAUUGGAGAUGCGCACCGCAACAGAUGAGCUUGACAUUGGGAUGUAGCCCUGCGGUCACCUACGAUUGCGAUCCGAGGGAAUCGAUGGCUUGGCCAAUUAAGUUAGGUGUUGCUUUGUUAUUGUAAUAUAUAGGAAACCGACCCUAUAGAUUGUUUAAACCACACUUCCAACUCUGCUUCCUGUACUUCCAAAAUCGAUGUUUUUGACUCCUUUAAAGUAAUAUUGUUUGUCAUCCACUUGAAUUUAGAUAUACUAUCUAUAGGAUCGAAUUAGCCUAGUGUGAUUGCUUUAGUCUUGCGCUUAACGAGUCGAGAGAUUAGUACAUAAUUGAUUUUAACUUAGCGGAACAAAAUGCGAUACCAAGUGGCUUAACGAAUCAUUGUGAAGGAUACUAUAUAUACAGAUAUAUAUGAACAGAUUAUGAAUACAUAAAAACAAUGUAUGAAAUUUUGUCGGAUGUAAAACUGAAAUAAACUAGAGCUGCUAUA